AUGUUUUCGUGGAUUGGUGGUGAUUCGUCUAAAAAGAAGCAACAAGAGGUCCUCGAAACUGUUAGCGAUGGAUUGCGGAAGAUUUACAAGCAAAAAUUGUUACCACUGGAAGAAUAUUAUAGAUUCCAUGAUUUUCAUUCACCAGCUCUUGAUGAUCCUGACUUUGAUGCUAAGCCAAUGAUACUUCUAGUAGGGCAGUACUCAACAGGAAAAACAACAUUUAUCCGAUACUUAUUGGAGGAAGAUUUCCCGGGAAUCAGGAUAGGGCCUGAACCAACAACUGAUCGAUUCAUUGCUGUUAUGUGGGGUGAAGAUGUUGGUUCGAUACCUGGCAAUGCGCUUGUUGUUGAUUCUAAGAAACAGUUUAGGGCAUUGAGCAGAUUCGGGAAUGCAUUCCUAAAUCGAUUUCAGUGUUCCACCCUGAAUAAUGAAGUGCUGAAAAGUGUCACUAUUGUGGAUACACCUGGAAUACUGAGUGGAGAAAAACAGAGAAUUGAUCGAGGAUAUGAUUUCACGGGCGUUCUGGAAUGGUUCGCGGAGCGUGUAGAUCGGAUUAUCCUGUUAUUCGAUGCUCAUAAAUUAGACAUUUCAGAUGAAUUCAAACGUUGCAUCGAAGCGCUCUCAGGAAAUGAAGACAAGAUUAGGAUUGUUUUGAACAAGUCUGACAUGGUUGAUCAUCAGCAAUUAAUGCGUGUUUAUGGAGCACUUAUGUGGUCUUUGGGAAAGGUAUUUAAAACUCCAGAGGUAUCACGAGUAUAUAUUGGUACAUUCUGGGAUCAUCCUUUGCAUUUUGACAUAAAUCGAAGGCUUUUCCAAGAUGAGCAACAUGAUUUGUUCGCUGAUUUGCAAGCAUUACCAAGGAAUGCAGCAUUAAGGAAACUCAAUGAUCUUAUCAAACGGGCUAGGCUUGCUAAGGUGCAUGCAUUCAUCAUAGCAGAAUUACGCAAACAGAUGCCUUCAAUGAUUGGUAAGGAGAAAAAAAAGAAAGAGCUUAUUCAAAAUCUUGAUAAAAUAUUCGAACAGUUGCAGCGUGAACAUAAUAUUUCGGCUGGCGACUUUCCGGAUAUUAACAAAAUGCGUGAACAUUUACCGGAUUAUGAUUUCACCAAAUUCAAUCCAAUUAAGCCAAAAUUAUUGGAUGUUGUUGAUGGAAUGCUUGCUUCUGAUAUUGCUCGAUUGAUGGCUCAAAUUCCAAAAGAAGAGAAUACUCCAAUUACAAACGGUUUGCUUCAACCUCAUCAGGCAGAGGUUCAUGGUGGCGCUUUUGAUCAAGCUGUUGAAUCAGAAACUCCCUUUGGUUUUGGUAAAGGCGAAGGUUUUGAUAAGGGUGCUAAUGAAUCGGGUUGGGUAGUAGCUCGAGAAAGAUACAAGGCAGAUGAAAUGUUUGAUAGUUUGGAUCCUAUAGAUGGCAAAAUAACAGGUCGAGCAGCAAAGGAACAUAUGGUCAAAUCGAAAUUGCCAAAUGCUGUUUUGGGUAAAAUAUGGAAGCUGUCGGAUGUUGACAAAGAUGGAAUGUUGGAUAGUGAUGAAUUUGCUCUUGCUAACUAUUUAAUCAAUUUGAAACUUGAAGGGCAUGAAUUACCACUCGAACUGCCGAAACAUUUGAUUCCACCAUCGAAGCGUGAUGAAGAUCCCAUCUAUCCUACAUUAGAUUCCUGA